AUGGUUUCCAAAACCACGCGAGCUGCUACUGCAGCAGCAAGAAGAGCGGCUGCACGCAUGCUUGCGGCCGCGGAAAGUGUCUCUCACGCCUCAGCAGCAGGCGAUUCAUCGCCUGUUGUCGUGAAUCCUCCACGUGGUGAGUCACCGCGUGCGACAGGUACAUCCGUUGCGUCUGCAGCGGGUACCUCGAAUCGUAAUCAAGACGAGUAUACGAUAGAGAUCAUCUAUUCCGGCGAGUCGGAUGAUGCAUCCGACUCGAAGGCGACUCCUUACGCCUCGGGAUCACCCGGGGCGGACGCUGCAAAAUCUAGGCUGACUGGCUCUAGUCAGCGCGGCAGUAUCAUGACCGAGAUCUUCGGACCGAGUGCUUAUUCCGAUGAGUCUCCGCCUCACGCUAGUCCAUCUAACGAUAGGACGCGUGGAGAUGGUGGUGAUCCACCUAUACAUCACCACGAGCGAAGAAAUUUCAAGGGAUCGGGUAAAACUGGUGCCAGUGCUCAUGCUGGCACCAAUCAAGAGGCCAGGGACCGAAACGUCCUGCGCCACGCUCCUCAAGUGGAGUCUCCGUGGAUGCCGCCAUCCAGAGAGUUGGAACGGUUGGCCGGCAUGACUACAGAACGGGUUCGAAUUCCGUUGUUCGAUUACAGGAAAAUUUGCCCACCUGAUUCCAGCACAAAAACUAUCCGUGCUGAGGCAGAGUUCAUCACCGAUGCGUUCUUCAAACAUCGGUGGUACAAUGAUAGCCGUGUACGAGAUGGCAGAUCCUUGGUGCAGGGAUGGAAUGCCCUCAUCCGCAACAUCGAGUGCAUCGGCCGUGAGGCCUGGCUCGUCAAACUUGAUGCAGCUCGCAUCAGGUUUGAGAAACGCAACCUAGUCGGGCGCGAUACAAGUUGCACCGACUUUCAAGAUAGGCACGAUUACCCUGUCUCGCGUGGGGUGAUUCGUGUCCAGGUUGCCUGGACAAUUCGAACCGUGCCCCUAGGGAGGCCUUCCUCCCUAAUAAUCUCUACUGGAGGGCGCGCAUCUCUUCCGAGAUGGCCGAAGGGAUAA